AUGCUGCAUUCUGCGAGGAGACAUUUGUUGUGCAGGCCACGUCUAUUGUGGCAGAGCGGUCUCGGGACUGCUCGUUUCCAGUCUUCGCUGCGAGCACCGGCCAACGAGCCCUUGGCAGAGGGCCAGGUCGACGAAUGGCUCGAGGCCAUCAACGAGCUGAAGACUGAAUUCUCUUCAAAGGACUACCUGCCGGAAACUUCGCUGGCGCCCCCAGGCCAAUCCAAGAUAGACCUCUUGCAUGGCCCGCACACAGAGGCCAAGACCAGGCCCACCACGGRGCAGCUGGAGCAGUGGGAGGCGUUGAAGUCCGUGCCCAUCCCUCCACGCAAGGACCCGACGCUGGACCACAUCACCAACAUGAUCAUGCGCCACGGAAAGAAGGAGAAAGCGCAGUCCAUGCUGUCUAAGGCGUUGUACCUGGUGUACUGCCAGACCCGGCAGGAUCCGAUCCAGGCUCUGGAAAGGGCGCUGGACGACUUGGCCCCUCUCAUGCUCACCAAGACUUUUAACACGGGUGUGGCCAAGGCCUCGGUCAUCCCCGUGCCGUUGAACAAAAGACAGAGAAACAGAAUUGCUUGGAACUGGAUCGUGCAGAGCGCCAACCAGCGGGUGUCCAGCGACUUUGCCGUGCGUCUGGGCGAAGAGCUCGUCGCCAUCUCUAAGGGCACCUCCUCCGCCUUCGACAAGAGGGACCAGAUUCACAAAACCGCCAUCGCUCACAGAGCAUACAUCCAACUGAAGUAA